AUGUGCUGCUCCCCUUGCUGCCAGCCCAACUGUUGCCAGCCCUGCUGCCGCCCCACCUGUUGUCAGACCACCUGCUGCACCACCUGCUGCCAGCCCUGCUGCCGCCCAUCCUGCUGUGUGUCCAGCUGCUGCCAGCCCUGCUGCCGCCCAUCCUGCUGUGUGUCCAGCUGCUGCCAGCCCUGCUGCCGCCCAUCCUGCUGUGUGUCUAGCUGCUGCCAGCCCUGCUGCCAGCCCUGUUGCCGCCCUAUCAGCUGCUGCUGCCAGCCAGCUUGCUCUGGCCCUGUGCAUUGCCACAGAACCUGCUACCAGCCAACAUGUGUCCGCCUGACUGGUUGCCUACCCCAGACCUUCGGCUGCACCUGCUGCUAG